AUGUCGAAGCUUUUCAUUGGCGGCCUUGCCUGGCACACUGACGACGUUGCUCUGCGCACAAAGUUCGAGGAGUUCGGCGUCGUUGAGGAAGCUGUUGUUGUCAAGGACCGUGACACCGGACGCAGCCGUGGCUUCGGCUUCGUGCGCUUCUCUAACGAGGAUGAGGCUGAUGCCGCAAUCAAGGGCAUGAACGAGAUCGAGUUCGACGGUCGUACCAUUCGCGUGGACAAGGCCUCUGAGCGUGGCAGCGGCGGCGGUGGCUUCCAGAGCCGUGGCGGAUACGGUGGUGGUGGUCGCGGUGGUUACGGCGGCGGCGACCGUGGUUACGGUGGCGGUGACCGUGGUUACGGCGGUGGCCAGGGCGGCUACGGCGGUGGCCGUGGUGGCUACGACAACCAGCAGCAGCAGGGCGGCUACGGCGGCGGCGGUUCCAACUGGCGCGGCGGAAGCCAGGGCGGCUACGGCGGCGGCCAGGGCGGCUACCAGAACAACGGCGGCGAGGGCGGUUACGGCCAGUAA